AUGGCCCCCUCUUCUUCUUCUUCUGUGACGCCAAAGACGACGACGUCGAAGCCCAACGGGUUCAAGCGAUUCGACGUCGUUUCGGACCACUCAGACCACCACUACGUCAACAACAAAAACGGCUGCUGCGGCGGCGGCCGGGUUCAGAAGAAGAUCAUGCAGGAGUGGAAGAUUCUGGAGAAGCACCUCCCGGACUCCAUCUACGUGCGCGCCUACGAGACCCGCAUCGACCUGCUCAGGGCCGUCAUCGUCGGAGCCUCCGGCACGCCCUACCACGACGCGCUCUUCUUCUUCGACAUCGCGUUCCCCUCUGAUUACCCGACCCACCCGCCCGAGGUCCACUACCGCUCCUUCGGGCUGAGGCCCAACCCGAACCUCUACGCGAGCGGGUACGUCUGCCUCAGCCUGCUGAACACCUGGCCAGGGAAGGGGAAGGAGAAGUGGGACCCAUCUCAGUCGACGAUCCUCCAGGUUCUGGUGUCGAUCCAAGGCCUGGUUCUCAACAAGGAGCCCUACUUCAACGAACCGGGAACCGGGAACCGGUUCGGAUGCGAAGCGUCUCGAGCCUACAACGAGAAAGUCUUCAUUUUGACUUGCAAAACGACGCUGUAUUUGCUCUCGAGGGCGCCGCUGAAUUUCAAGGCUUUCACCGCCGCGUUCUAUAGGCAGAGAGCGGGCGUGAUACUGAGAGCGUGCAGGGCCUACGCAAACGGGCGCGUGGUGGUGGGACACUACAAGGAUGAAGAUGCUGGUGUUGCGGUUACGAAGGUUAAGCGGAAAUUCGUGGCGUCGAUAGUGGAGUUGUACCCGCAACUGUUUAAGGCAUUUCAAGGAACAGGCGCUUCUUUGGAGGGUUUGCUCGAGCACCUGACGGUGGAGACUCGUUAUCCGACGCCGUCUAAGCCGCGGGGGGAGUGUAUUGUGAAAAGGGCGUUUGACAGAUUUAAAACAAUUUUGGGAUUGGGGGGAUCGAAGAAGAAGACGAAGGAGGGGGAGGAGAAUGAGAAUAGUAACAAGAAGAAUGACAAUGGCACGAAAGGCAAAGCUGGGGUGGCUGCUGCUGCUGCAGCAGCUGAUUGA